GGCAAGGCCAUGCAGAUCACCUCUUGUUAAGUUGCUUUCUGCUUCUGUUGUGCCAGAAGGCAACUUAACCCACCGCCCUUGAGCAGGGUGGUCGCCCAAAGUAAACGAUUAGGGUAAGGUGUUACCGUUUCACUUAGGGGCCAUACGCACAGACGGGAGCUCUGGGAGAUAAAGAAAACUGUGAUUAUGAGGCGCAAUAAUCAACCGGUAGUUGCCUAGGUAGGUGCUAAUUUUAUGAUUAUGUCCUAAAGUAAGCUGAUGAGAUACGACUCGGAGGCACCCAAUGGGAGACUUUUACGACCUCCCUCCCUCCCGUCUAUGUCUUGCGCAAAAGAAUUACUCAUAGAAAGUCGUAUCCAGGCUAGAAUGAUUGCAGGAUAAAACAGUAGGCUUCUGCAGCUGACUUUCGAGCUUGGUUGACGGAGGGCUAAUACUUGUCACAUAAUCUUACAAAAUGGGAAUUUACAAGUUGAUUCGAUCACUAUUAGAUCUCAUACCUUCACUCAAUACCUCCUAUAGUAAAGACCUAAAGGUUCAACCAAAAAAUGACGCAAUGGUACUUCCUUCCAAUUUGACGACUAGAGAGCAUUCUAGCUUCUCCCGUCAUGUAGGCACUCUCGAAGACUUGUUCAACAAUAUCAGCGAGGUCAAGGGCUCAAUUAACCGCGAGCACACCUCAUUCUUCGUGGUCCUGCAACUUCAUUUCCCGCCCACAAAGGCAAAUGUUGAGGAAUUUAUUGCGAGAGCUUGGGAGAGUCUCGGACAACGAUACCCAGCGCUACGUGCUCAAAUCUCUCCCCCGAGCAAGUUCGACUCUCGCAAGCAGUCGAGCAUUUCUGUGCAACCCUGGGAUGCAGCAAAGUUCCGCACGUCGUUCACCACGCACCCCAACUGCCCAAACGUCGACGUACUUUUCUCCGCCCCUUCCCCCAAGAGAACGACCGCCACAUGCCACUGGCUCCCAAAUCCGGGGCAGGUAGUGAUUCGUACGGCACACUGGCGCUCUGACGGCUAUGGGCUGGUUCUUCUUGCCGAUAGCUUCCUAUCCGCGCUGGCUGAUGAAUUACAACAAUGUUCGAGUGCUCCCCUGGGAAACAACGGAUCCAAACAGCUCCUAGCUGUACCCGAAAGCCUCGAGAGCCUGGUUCGAAAGUAUCUACCAGCCCCGCUGCCGGAAGAAAAAGCAGAAAUUGAUGAAAUGGUGGAGACAUUUGCCAAAGGCCACCAGAGUAUCGGUUUCCCCACCCGAUCUAAUGCAAGCACGACAACGCCUAGCAUUUGUCAGCGUGCAGCGAUACGUCUGACGGUAGAGGAUUCGGCAAAGUUGAUCAGUGGGUGCCAAACGCAAGGUAUAUCAGUGACUAGUGCCGUGAACGCAGCUGUCAUCCGUACCGCAGCACAAUUCCCCCAGGACCCAGGAGCGGACGCAUACGCCAUCUUCGCACCAGUCAACUUUCGGAUGCUACUGAUGGCAGCCGGAGCUCAGGAAUGCUCGCAGCCGACCGGUAACUACGUCUCAGGGGCGUCGCUACGCAUCGAUAACGCAGUAGGCAAGAGCUUCCGUGAGCUCGCAAACGAGCUGAACACGAUAUACUCACAGGACUUCACACGUUACGAGAGACCCGGUGGUGGGAAAACGCUGAAUCUUCUGCAGUCUACCGAGUCGUACAUCCAAUUCAUAGCAAAGCUCUUCGCCCUAUUUCCUUCACCCGGAUGUCCAUUUCCAAAAGCUCCCGUGAUCAGUAGCUUUGGGAAGAUGGAUAUGAUUGUCAAGAGCGAAUAUGGCGGCGAUAGUGACGAUACGACCGGUGCAUCAAAACUGCGCGUUACUGAUUUCUGGGUAAGCUGCGACUGCGCGACGCCGAUGAUAACAUUCAAUCCCUACAGCUGGGGUGGAGCGUUUACCCUUUCAUCCGCCUGGGAAGAUAGCUACUAUGAGAGAGAGUUCGUCAUUGACGCACUCGAAAAGACUAUGGCUGAGCUGGUAGAGGGACUGGAGAUAGAUCCACUGUCUUAUCGAAUAACUACUGGUUGCAACGAUGCUUCGACACGAAAGUGAAAAGAAAGUGAAAAGCCAGUCGCUUUAAGUCGGCAACUCGGUCAUGAUGAUUGUAAGAGAUGUAACCAGAAUGAAGAAUUUGGAGCUUUUUUGUCAUGGUGAAAAGAUGUCUUGUUAGUCUAGCUUGGUGAAGUGUAUGAUAGUAGGUCACAAAGAGAGUAGGAAUCGAUUUCUUGGUUGAUAAACUCAAAAUGAGGUCUGAAUAUGCUCUGCGAAAGUGGAUGCGGAUGACUAAUAAGUCGCUCGCUUCAAGAGAAUGCACGAACGAGAUCUGCUUGCCAAUGAUACAACGAGAGCUGUGUAAUAUAAACUAAUAAGAGAUGGGGUCUAUCAUUUCCAAGCCUAGGGGCCCGCGGAUGCAAGAAGGGCUGGAGGAAGUGCAGGUAAGCAUACGAUGGAGUUUAGUCUCUGUAUACCCAAAUUCCUGCCCCGAGAUUCUUCA